AAAGCCCUCUGGAUCCUGUAGUCCUCCUGCUCGCCAGCCUCCCCAGAGCGCGGCUGCCCCAGCUCGCUCCCGGUGGCGAGACCUGACCUGCUAGGUAGAAAGCCGCUCUGUGAAAGAGAGAUGUGAAUUAUUAAAAAGAAAAUGGCCCAACGGAGCACUGUAUUUCCUUCUCUUGUCACUGAGGAAAGGCGAGUUCGGACUAUGCCCCGACACAGCCAGUCCCUGACCAUGGCACCCUACUCGUCCGUGAGCCUAGUGGAGCAACUGGAGGAUCGGAUCCUCUGCCACGAGAAAACCACGGCCGCCCUCGUGGAGCACGCCUUCCGGAUUAAAGACGACAUUGUCAGCAGCUUGCAGAAAAUGCAGAACAAAGGGGGAGGCGACCGCUUGGCCAGGCUUUUCUUGGAGGAGCACAUCAGGAACAUAACCGCCAUCGUGAAGCAGCUUAAUCGGGAUAUCGAGGUCCUUCAGGAGCAGAUCCGUGCCCGGGACAACAUCAGCUACGGAACGAAUUCUGCCUUAAAGACCCUGGAGAUGCGUCAGCUCUCUGGUCUGGGAGAUCUUCGGGGAAGAGUGGCCAGGUGUGAUGCCAGCAUUGCCCGGCUCUCUGCAGAGCACAAAAGCACGUGCGAGGGCCUCCAGCACUUGAACAAAGAGCAGCAAGCCGCCAAGCUUCUCCUGGAAACAAAGAUCAAGGACGCAGAGGGACAGAUUUCUCAGCUUUUGAACAGAGUGGACUUGUCAAUAUCAGAGCAAAGCACCAAACUGAAGAUGUCCCACAGAGACAGUAACCACCAGCUUCAGCUCUUGGACACUAAAUUUAAAGGUACAGUUGAGGAACUCAGUAACCAGAUUUUAUCUGCACGGAAUUGGUUGCAACAGGAACAAGAACGGAUAGAAAAAGAACUUUUACAGAAAAUCGAUCAGCUUUCCUUGGUUGUUAAGGAAAACUGUGGAGCCAGCGAAAGGGACAUGGAGAAGAAGCUCAGCCAGAUGUCAGCCAGACUGGACAAAAUAGAAGAGAGUCAAAAGAAGAACGUGGAGGGGCAGAGGGCAAAGCAGGAAGAAGACAAGGUGCACGGGCGCAUCAGCAAGCUGGAGCUACAGCUGAACGAGGACAUGAAGGAUUUGAAAGCGGAGGUUGAUGCGGGGUUUACAGCCAUCUAUGAAAGCAUAGGAUCCCUCAGGCAAGUUCUCGAAGCUAAGAUGAAGCUGGACAAGGACCAGUUACAGAAGCAAAUCCAACAGAUGCAGAAGCCGGAAGCUCCCAUGUGAAGGGACCUGGGACACGGACCUCAAAAGUGGUUGUGCCCGUGGGGCUGGAGCUGGAUACCUCCUAUAGCCAGGCUGUCGCUGCAUUCAGGAUUGUUCCGUUCAUGGCAUGCAUGUGCCAAGAAAUGUGUUUUCGUGAGUCUCAAUGUUUACCUUGAGUCUUGAAAACACUCUUUAAAAGUAUUAAGUACAAUUUUUACCACUUUAUUCCACUUAUCUAAAUUCAAUGGAACAUCUUCCUUGCCCUGGGUUUUGAAAGGCUUUUAUCCCCUUCAUUUUAUGAAUGAAAAGACUUAAAACAAUUUUCCUUCAGUGCUUGAUGCUCUAAGACUUUACUAUUUUGAAAAAUGUCAUGGUGAUUUUUUUACAUUAAGAAACUAAUGAGUUGUCACAGGAGCGUGUCGCUCCUCACCCUAAAUUAAGAGAAUGCCCUGAUAGACUAGAAUUCAACCUUUGAGUUGAGUCCAUAGUUGGAUUUUAUUAUUGUUGUCUGUGCAUUUCUUAUAUUGGUUAUCUUCUUGUAAAUCUGCCUUUUGUAGGGGGACGGGAUUUAACAUUUAGGGGGAAAAAAACCCCACCGUGUAUGCAGUGAAAAUAGUUUAAAAGUUGAUAACUGCCAUGUAGAUUACAAAUUAAAAUGGAAACUUAAUACAGUUAUCUAAAUCACACAAGGCACAAUAUCUACAUCGACCACCUAGUUGUAACAGGUUUUAAUAUGAACAACUUUUUUCAAUUAUCCACAGCCUGUACAGUGACAGCCAUAUAUUCAGUAAUGGAAUUGUGGUUAAUAGCCUGUUUAUUACACUUUCAAUUCAUCAUAAUAGGAUGUGAGAAUUUUUCAGGCUUUUGGAGCUCCUCUCUAAAUUUUUCCAAAAUUGCUACAAAGUGCUAAGAUUUAUAUACACUUAUUGUAACUGUAUCCUUGUGCCUUGGUUUUACCAGUCAAUGCACUGUACCCUGUAAAAGGUUUACAGACAAAAUAGAAGGCAUGAUGACACAUCAGAAUUAUGAUGUAAAAAUCGGAUCCUAUGUAUUUUUUAAAUGUUCUAAGACUUUUAUCACAGUUAAGGCAUUAACCAUUCACUAUUAUUAACGGAAUAGAAAUUCAUACUUUUGUAUUGGCCAGGGACUCAGACUGAUAACUGCAUUUAUAAUAACGUCAAGAAACUGUCAUUUUGAGCAACUUCAUAGAUGAUGGGUGUUUUAUUUUUAAUCUCCAUAUUUGAUUAGUCAUUGAAAAUUGGCACCAGUGCUGAGUGUUCACCUAUGUAUGUAAAAACUGACAGUGAGACACACCGUUCUAGACUGUGAGGGUGCCCAGGGAAAAAGAAAACACAAAUACUUUGAAAAUUUUAAAAACAUUUUUUUUUGUCUGCCAAGGACUCAGGAAAAUUAAGGCAUUUUUUAUUUCAGGAUAAAUCGUACAUGAAAUCCCUGACUGGCUGUUACUGUUUACCCAUGUGAAUUGUGCUGCUGAAGUACAUAAGCGUUUACCCUCACUGGCUUGACAAAAAAAUGUUUUUUAAUUUGGACCUGAGAAGUCAUAUAAGGAACCCGUCACCCAACACAUAUUUCCUUAUUUUGUCACGAGUCUUUGCAUCUUUAUAUAGGAAGACUGUUCCCACUUAAUGAAAAAACAAAGAGGUGAAUGCUCCUUAGCAAUCAGAAAGUGAGUUUCUUUUCGUGAUAGAGGAACCGUGUUUAGCACAGUUCUCCACGUUUAAGCACAAACCACAGCCCAGAGACUCACGGCCCCUCCAGCGUCUCUCUCCUCUGGGGCCUCUGAGGAGGGAGAGUCGGCACCUGUCACACCUGGGAGGAGGACACCGGCUGGGCUCGGGUCCAGGGUGACGGGAGCAGGUCAUGCUGGCUGCCUGCUGAACCGCUGAGACGCUUCCGAUGCUGCCAACCCCACGUCGGAGCUCCGGCGGGUCCUCCACCCUGGCUGCAAGUUGCAAUCACCCGGGAAGUGCAAAAAGCUGCUGCCGCCGCCGGGGCUACCCCCUGGUCCAGCAAAGUCAGAACCUCCAGGAGGGGACGUCUGAACCUCCAGGAGGGGACACAGGCAGCAGCAUGUGUUAGAGGUGCCACCCCCAUAGGGUGACUCACGUGUUGUGAGCCCCCCAGUCGACAGCGUACUCUUAUCACCAAAGUUGAAAUGAGAAUCAGCUUCCCUGUUCUUUCCUUUACCAGAAAUUUGCAAUAAAAAGAAUAAAACUGCCAAAA